AUACAAUCUGAGAUUAUCUAAACGGAAUAUAAGAAUGGGACACUGACUGUGCUUUAUAGACACUGAGAUUAUUUUGGCGGGCUGGCUAUGGCAGGGUUUUUUCACUGGUCCAAAAGGAAUUGUGAUUUACAUGACUUCAAGUUCCUUAUUAGCAAAUCAAAGAAGAAGAUUUAGAGCGGGCUCUUUUAAAUUUGAAUUCUAGCCUUCCCGCCAGGGUAUAAUUACGUCACAGAACGACUGGUUAUUGAUCAGCAAAUCAAAUGGGAGUAUUUAAAGCGGGCUCUCACAUUCGAUGUUAUAGCCUUCCAAUCAAAAACGAGAGACUGUGUAUAAAUAAGAGGCACGAAACCAUUCGCUUCAUAACAUUUUUUGUUGCGUUGUAUAGCUAUGGCUCGUACAAAACAGACCGCCCGCAAGUCCACCGGAGGGAAGGCUCCUCGCAAACAGUUGGCCACUAAGGCAGCCAGGAAGAGCGCUCCGGCCACUGGGGGUGUCAAGAAGCCGCAUCGUUACCGCCCAGGUACUGUCGCUCUCCGAGAAAUCCGACGUUACCAGAAAUCCACUGAGCUGCUGAUUCGCAAAUUGCCUUUCCAGCGCCUGGUUCGUGAGAUCGCUCAGGAUUUCAAGACCGACCUGCGUUUCCAGAGCUCGGCAGUCAUGGCUCUGCAGGAGGCCAGCGAGGCUUAUCUGGUCGGCUUGUUUGAGGACACCAACCUGUGCGCCAUCCACGCCAAGAGGGUCACCAUCAUGCCCAAGGACAUCCAGCUGGCCCGCAGGAUCCGAGGCGAGAGAGCUUAGAUACAGUUGCGACUUUUCUUACUAAACACAAAGGCUCUUUUCAGAGCCACCAAAUCCCAAAUUAAAUGAGUUCAACGCUCCAAUAUCUGUUCAUUCGGGGAAGCCCGUGAGAUCCUUGUGUAGAACCAAUUUCGAACAGCGGCAACAGCUGUGGUACCGGCAUCAUUAAUGCUUUUGUUUGUUUCUGCAAUCUCCCCCUUAUAUAAUGUGUAGCAAUUUCAAACUUGCCACGAUAUCUCGCUCAGUUAUCCACAAACAUAAGGGCUAAUACGAACAUCUGCGUUAUAUCUAACCAACUUCUAGACCUGCAACUUUUAUUGUGGCAUCCUCGUUUUUCAAGUAUUUACAUUGUAAUAGUCGUCGACCCCAGUGCUAAACCCAUCAGUCCCGCUGUAUAA